AUGAACCGCCUUUCUGCCAUUUCUCAACAGGUCGCUCCUAACGCUACCUCUGCUUCUAACCGCGAAAAACUCUUUGGUAAGAGCCCAGAUGAUGUUGUCAUUAUUGCCGCCUACCGUUCUGCACUCACCAAGGGUGGCCGCGGUCUCUUUAAGGAUACAGCUUCCUCCGACAUUCUCGCCGGCCUUCUUGCCGGCCUUCUUGAAAAAACUAAAAUCGACCCUAAAAUCCUUGGAGAUGUGGUUGUUGGCAAUGUUCUCAACCCUGGUGCAGGUGCCAAUGAACACCGUGCUGCUGCCCUUCUCGCCGGUAUCCCUUACUCUGUCCCAUUUGUUGCAAUUAAUCGUCAAUGCUCUUCCGGCCUUAUGGCGGUUAAUGAUGUUGCAAAUAAGAUCCGUGCUGGCCAAAUCGAUAUUGGCAUUGGUGCUGGUGUCGAAUCCAUGAGUACAAACUUUGGACCUAAAUCUGCUGCUCCCUUCUCUGCUGCCCUUCUCGCCAACCCUGAAGCUGCCAAGUGCACCAUCCCCAUGGGUAUCACUUCAGAAAAUGUUGCUACUAAGUAUGACAUUUCCCGUGAGGCUCAGGACAAGUUUGCCGCCGCUUCUUAUGUCAAGGCUGCCAAGGCUCAAGAUGCUGGUCUCUUUGAAGAGGAAAUUAUCCCCAUCACUACCACUGUUUAUGACAAGGACGAAAAGGAACACACUGUUGUUGUUGAUAAGGAUGAUGGUAUCCGCCGUGGUGUUACCCCAGAGUCUUUGGGUAAGAUUAGACCUGCCUUUAAGAAGGAUGGUUCUACCCAUGCUGGUAAUGCUUCUCAGGUUUCUGAUGGUGCUGGUGCCGUUUUGCUUGCUCGCCGUUCUGUUGCCGAGAAGCUUGGUCUGCCCAUUCUUGCCAAGUUUGUUCACUGCAAGUCUGUUGGUGUUCCUCCUGAGAUUAUGGGUGUUGGUCCUGCUUACGCUAUUCCUUCAGUUUUGGAAGAUCUUGGUCUGACACAUGAAGAUGUUGAUGUUUUUGAAAUCAAUGAGGCCUUUGCUUCUCAAGCCAUUUUCUCUAUUGAGCACAUUGGUAUUCCUUACGAAAAGGUUAACCCCCGUGGUGGUGCCAUUGCCUUUGGUCAUCCUCUUGGUGCCACUGGUGCUCGUCAGUUUGCCACUCUGAUUUCUGAACUUAAGUCUAAGGGUCAGAAGGUUGGUGUUACUUCCAUGUGCAUUGGCUCGGGUAUGGGUGCCGCUUCUUUGAUUGUUAUUGAGUAG